UGUUCCAAACCCUUCCAAGUCAAAGUGCUAUUGGACUUCUCCUAACUCUAAAAUGGCUUCAAAAUUCCCAUCUCCGCAGCUUGCUUAGCUUUCCUGGCUCCCUCCUUUUGGGCAGGUGGUUCUCUUGGAAUGUGGGAAGGUUCGCUCCUUUACAGUUGGAGGUUUCAAACCGAAAUCACUGCUCACCCCCAAACAUGUUUUUGUAAAGACGGUUUGGAUUACUGCCCAAAUUCAGGCUUUGUGAGAUUUAUUUUAAAUGAGUGAUGUGCUUCCCAGGGGAUCGAAAACUCUAUAAAGGGGAAUUAUGUUCUUAAUCAUAAGUUUUAUAGGGGAAACUGACCCUAAAACUUGGGGCGUCUGUAAUUCUAUGCCUAAUAAAGUAUCAGUCUGGAAGUUUGUAAACCCUGGGAGCACAUGCAAGGUUUUGGUUUAGCCCCAAAGGCUUCAAACUUAGAAAGGUUUGUUCCAGAAACUUCCAGUGGUACCAGGUACCAUAAAUGCUAGUGAUUUAGUACAGUUUAUUUUAUCACUUUAGGUCUGCAGUGAAACAGUAAUGAGCAGUAGCAUAUUUUGUCAGUGAUGUGUGUGUACUAGUUUGUUGGGCGAGAUGUUUGCUUUCUAGGAAACAGUGCUGCUGCGUUAAAACAUCAGAGAACUUUCCGUGCUCUCUAAAAGAAAAUGAGCCUUGCUGUGUUAAAACAGCCAUUCCACUUUUCAAGUUGUCUUCUUUACUGAGGCUUCCUUUUAGUUUGGGGUCGUAUCGUGUACUUCUGGCUCAGAGUGAAAACCUAUUUUUCUAAAAUUGAAUUUAGCAUCAUAAAGAAUUUCAUCCACUGCCUAUCCAGCAACGUCCUUUUCCUGGAAAGGGCCUAUCAGGCGCUUUAUUUUUCUGUGUAAGAUAGCAGAAGAUACCAGAAGGUUUUCCAGAAAAGUCUUUUUAGCCAGGACAUCUAAUUUCUAAGCCAUAGUGCUUCCUGCUUGACAGAUGAAGUGAUUGUGGAUCUGUAAAGAAAGCAGCCGCCUAGGAGAGGGAGGAGAGGUGCCCAGCCACAGGGUGUGUGCACCCAAGAAUCAUGUCUGCGCGGGAGUCCUUUAACCCAGAAAGUUAUGAAUUGGAUAAGAGCUUCCGAUUAACCAGAUUCACUGAACUGAAGGGCACCGGCUGCAAAGUGCCCCAAGAUGUCCUGCAGAAAUUGCUGGAAUCCUUACAGGAGAACCACUUCCAAGAAGAUGAGCAGUUUCUUGGAGCAGUUAUGCCAAGGCUUGGCAUCGGGAUGGAUACCUGUGUCAUUCCCCUGCGGCACGGUGGUCUUUCCUUGGUUCAAACCACAGAUUACAUUUACCCCAUCGUCGAUGACCCUUACAUGAUGGGCAGGAUAGCCUGUGCCAACGUCCUCAGUGACCUCUACGCCAUGGGGGUCACCGAAUGUGACAAUAUGCUGAUGCUCCUUGGAAUUAGCAAUAAAAUGACCGACCGGGAAAGGGAUAAAGUGAUGCCCCUAAUUAUACAGGGUUUUAAAGAUGCAGCAGAGGAGGCAGGAACUUCUGUGACGGGCGGCCAGACCGUGCUCAACCCCUGGAUUGUUCUCGGAGGCGUGGCCACAACCGUCUGCCAGCCCAACGAGUUUAUCAUGCCGGAUAACGCGGUGCCGGGGGACGUGCUGGUGCUGACGAAGCCCCUGGGGACGCAGGUGGCGGUGGCCGUGCACCAGUGGCUGGACAUUCCGGAAAAAUGGAAUAAAAUCAAGCUCGUGGUCACCCAGGAGGACGUGGAGCUGGCGUACCAGGAGGCGAUGAUGAACAUGGCCAGGCUCAACAGGACAGCGGCCGGACUCAUGCACACGUUCAACGCCCACGCGGCCACCGACAUCACGGGCUUCGGGAUCCUGGGCCACGCACAGAACCUGGCCAAGCAGCAGAGGAACGAGGUGUCCUUUGUGAUUCACAACCUUCCUGUCUUGGCCAAGAUGGCAGCCGUGAGCAAGGCCUGCGGGAACAUGUUUGGCCUCAUGCAUGGGACCUGCCCAGAGACGUCAGGAGGCCUUCUAAUCUGUUUACCGCGUGAGCAGGCAGCUCGGUUCUGCGCAGAGAUAAAGUCCCCCAAGUACGGUGAAGGUCACCAAGCAUGGAUUAUUGGGAUCGUGGAGAAGGGGAACCGCACGGCCAGGAUCAUAGACAAACCCCGGAUCAUUGAAGUCGCGCCGCAGGUGGCCACCCAGAAUGUGAACCCCACACCCGGUGCCACCUCUUAAUCUAGGCCGAGGCAGCUGUGUGGUUUUGUUUUUAAAUAGCUCUAUUUCCUUUAUCAUCAUUUCAAUUAAAGACUGUAAACAACAACAAAAAAUCUCAUUGUGUCUACACAUCUGGUGACCUUAGGUCGAUUUGUGAGUGGAUGCAAUUAAUAAAAUAAAAUCCAUUGCCUUUUUUUCCUGUUACAUUAACUGAAGAUGCACCUAAUCUUGAGGCAGCUUCUGAGUUGAGAAUUAUAUUGUUAUCCAAUACUGUUGAUUCAUUUUGAAUCUUUAGACACUUAUCUCUUUGCCGAGUAGGCUCUUUUUAAAGGUGCUUUCACGUAGCACAGACAUUACCCGUUGUGGUGUCUAAUGGCAGUUUGCGUCUUUUCAUUUCAUGUAUAUUUAUCAGUAUCAGUCUGAUCCUUUUUUUGAAGUGUCUGGAAUGAUAUUCUGGAAAGGCAGGAUUGGUGAGUGACACAAUGGUUUCCCAGUAGCGAGAGGGUUGCAUGAUUCUUCUAAUUCAAGAGCAUCUUUGACCCAGGCCAUCUCCCAAGAGUGCAUUCAGUUAAACAAGGCAAGUGCUUGACUCUGCAUGGAAAGCACUUUGAAGACAAAAAAGAAAUGUUAUUUCUUUUUUUGUAGCCUUCCUAAUACUUACAGUGACAUCAUUAACUGUUUUCUUUAUUGACAGCAAAAAAGGACACUUUUUGCAACGUAAUUAGAUGUUCAAUAGUGCAGCAAGGAAUUGUCCCCCGAAAGGCGGUUCAUGUGUAAUACUCAUUGACAAGUCAACCUACAAUUAACUGCACAGAUCAUUUUUAAACAUAAUCAGUAAUAAAGACUGUUCCGUGGAUGGUAGUGUUUAAUACGUUUUAUAUUUUGUAUAGUGAUUUCAGGCCUUUUGUUUUCUUAAAAUCAGCAGCUCUUUAGCCUAAUUCUUAGCAUUAUUUUGUCCUUUGCGCCGUACUUUUCCGUACACGCUUUCUGUGAUCUUGUGUGGAAACCCGCAUCGCCAACCAUGCAGCUCAAACCAAGCCUUGUUAUUCAAAUAAAUAUUUAAUUUUUUUUAUUGCUCUUGUAUAAUCAGAUGCCCCUGAAUUUAGUAUUAUUUUAGAAGCAUCGGGAGGGUUUUGGCUAAAAUACGGUUUAUUGGGGGGAAACUAGAUUUUAGUUUUAUAAAACUUUCAAGUCUUUCACGGGACCUAUAUUUUCUUGAAUUGAAUUUUAUAGUCCUAGGACAAAUAGGCGAUCUAAAAAGGUGUUCAUCUGUGUUACUUAAAAGCAGAGGCUUCCUUAUAUUCUCACCUACUAAACGAUUAGGAAGAGUCCUGCCUUCAAGCACAAGUGCACUGACUUCCCGAGUGUCUGCGCUCAGCGUCGCGGCCCGCUUCUGAACCCUCCCUGCAUGCAGGCGCCAGACCCGAGAGAACGGCUCGACUUAUUGCCAAAGGAAACCACCGCUCGGGAGGCCCUGGAAGAGGCUCUGCCUUGGACGUGUCCUCCAGGAGCCAAAGUGCAGCCUCCUCGCAUGUGUCCCUGGAGCCCAGGCCACACACGCUCGUUCAGCGCGCGGGACUUGAGGGGCUGCCGCAGGACUGAAAUUAAUUGAAAUUAAUUGGACAUGUUAUAGGGAUUGAUGCCCAUGUUGGUCCUCAAAAGCUGCAAUCCGGUGGUCUGCAAAAUAAAAUGUGUUGGAAACCUCUGAGUAAGAUGAA